UUCUUCGUCAACAAUAACACUCUCGUACCAACAAUUGGUCUUGGAGAGUGCAAUAAUUAAUUGGUAUGUAUAUGAUAACCCUUUCGUCCAUUGCUUUAUUAUCUUUCCAUGAGUCUAUAUGAUGAUUUCCAUAUAACAUUAGAACCGUUGCGACUGACACCCUUCUUCGGGAGAGUGGUUGAUCUCACAUCGAUCCGUUGUCUGAAAAACUCGUUAUCUACAUCUUCCAUUGCUUUAAUAUUGUUUUUCAUUGAGUGAAGCUAAUUGAGUUGUAUAAAGAUUACAGGAUGAGUUCUCUUACCGGUCUACGGUUCCUAAGACCAUAUCUUUAUCAUGACAUUCUACCGGUGAAACCAGCUGCAUAUGCACGAAUUUUCUCUACACAUUAUCGUUUACGUGGCAAGGGGCCGAAGGCUCCUUCCUGCGAGACUGAGGGCGAGUUUAAUGUACGGAGAGUGAAGUUGAAGGAAGGCUUAGAUCACUCUGAAAGUAGGAUAAAAAAACUUCAGUUAUCUGGCGCCUUACAUUACCCAAGAAUUAAAAAGGUUGGUAGAAUUGCUACGGUGAAAAGUUGUCUUGAGUAUUGUGCGACAUUGCCAUGUGGAUAUAGUCAUGAAACCGAUGCUCUUACGCUGCAUGGUAAGAACUUUUCUGGGCAGAAUGCAAAUAGAGGUUGAUUUUUUGUAGGUAGGCUUGAAAGUGUGCGAAAGUUUGGCUCAAAGCUUGUCUUCAUGAAUUUGACAGAAGACGGUUAUUCAAUUCAAUUAGAAGCCGAACAUGGGAAGAUAUCUAAAAAUCAAGAUGUUAUUGUGCAAACUCCAAUUUCCUUCGAAAAUUUAAGCAAAAUUAUGCAACGUGGAGAUAUUGUUUGUGAGUGAAAAUUCCAUGUCGCAUCCCUUUCCCUUUUGGCGAACCUAACAUGUAAUAGCUGCAACUGGUUACCCAAUUCGUAAAGACAAUGGUUCAGCUACUCUCCAAUUGACAUGUUUACCACAUAUAUUGACUCCAAGUCUGGCACCGGUGCCCAGAAAAUUAGAGGAUCCAGAAACUCGUAUUCGAAAUCGACAUCUCGACCUUCUUGUCAACAACGAUGUCGCCGCUACCCUGCGGCUUCGUUCAAAAAUCACACAGCAUAUCCGUGAUUUCCUCGUUCAAGAUAAUUUCCUCGAAUUUCAAACCCCGAUCCUUGCCGAUAAGGCUUCAGGUGCCAUGGCCCAACCGUUCAAAACAAAUGCAACAGAGUUCCCCGAAAAGGAGUUAGCUCUGAGAAUAGCUCCUGAGUUAUGGUUAAAACGCCUAGUCAUCGGUGGUUUAGAUCGAGUUUUCGAAAUUGGUCCUGCGUUCAGAAAUGAAGGUCUUGAUGCUACACAUAAUCCGGAAUUCACAACCUGUGAAUUUUACAAAGCGUACGCGGACAUUGAGGAUCUUAUCUCCAUGACCGAGAAGUUGGUUUCGGGUCUUGUACAUCUCGUCAAUGGAUUGCGUGUCGAUCCUCAACAUGUAAAAUACAUGCCUUUUACGGAACUUCCACGCUUCGAAGAGGAUCUAUACACAAAACCCUUUAAAAGAAUCGAAUUCAUACCCGCCAUCGAAUCUGCAAUUGAGGAAAAGUUACCCGAUCUCCAAAAAGAUGACGCUAGAGAAGACCUCCUUCAGCUUUUCGGAAAAUAUGAUCUCGAAGUUCCCGAAAACCCAACUCUCCCCCGUCUCCUAGAUAAGCUCGCAUCCAUCUACAUCGAGCCCCGUUGUUCCGAUCCCACGUUCAUUAUGCAUCAGCCCUCCUGCAUGGCGCCCCUCUCAAAAUCCUUCCUCGAUCCUACUACCAAGCAACUCGUAUCCGCACGGGUGGAACUCUUCAUACAGCACCAAGAAAUAGCAAAUAUGUAUGAAGAAGAGAAUUCACCAUUUGAACAGCGGUACAAAUUUGGAGAACAGUUGAAAUUUAAGGAUAUAGAGAAUCCCAUGGAUAAAGUGGAUGAGGGAUAUAUUCAAGCGUUGGAGGUGGGAUUGCCCCCUACUGGCGGAUGGGGAUGUGGAGUUGAUAGGUUGGCCAUGUGGUUGAGUGGUGCGAAAAGGAUUAGUGAUGUGUUGCCGUUCGGAAAUCUGAGGAAUGUGGUUAAUUUAGGAGCGGUCGUUAAAAGCGAAAUGGAAGAAGGGGAGAAAGUAUGAAAUUUCUUUCCUCGAAGGAAUGGUGGAGCCGAGGCUUUGAGUAUGGAAUUGAUGGAACAGAUAAUAUGGAUGGAUAAGAAAGGGGCAAGCCAACGCAGCGGAGAGAGGUCAAUAUCACACAGGUGCUCUAAGGAGCGGCAAUGUAAAUAUUCCAAAAAUCCAAC